AUGUCUAGUGAUUUUAAGAAGAGAUGUCUUAGAAAAUUGGUGGCUGACAAGAAACCGGAGUUUUUAUUACUACAAGAAUCAAAGCUGGAAGUUGUUGAUAGAUUCAUCAUGCAAAGGAUAUGGUUUGAUGCUGAUUUUGAGUUUGCUGUGGUUCAGGCUGAAGGGGCUUCAGGUGGGGCAAUUACCAUAUGGAAAAAUAACGUCUUUAAAUUUGAAGAGGUCAUUUCAAGAAAAAAAUUCAUUCUCAUAAGAGGUAACAUUUCUGGUAACUUCCCUUGCGUCAUUUUGAAUGUGUAUGCUCCGAAUAACUAUAUAGAGAGAAGAGAUGUAUGGAAUGAAAUCAAAGCUCGUAAAAUCAGAUUCAAUAUGCCAUGGGUCUUGGGAGGGGAUUUUAAUGAAAUUAAAUCCACUGGUGAGAGAUCAGGGUGUUCAAGAGUUGAUAGGGGUAUUAGAGAUUUUCAGGAGUUUAUCAAUUGUAUGGAGGUCAUCGAUUUGCCAAUGGUUGGGAGAAAAUUCACAUGGUCUAAUGUCCAAGAAGAAAACAUUCAGUCUAGAAUUGACAGAUUUCUAGUUCCGCAAGAACGGUUGGACAAGUUUUCUGUGUUUCAAUGGGGUCUACCAAGAAUAACUUCAAACCAUUGUCCUAUCAUGUUAUCUGAUGCUUCCAAAGACUGGGGACCAAAACCUUUCAGAUUCAUAAAUGCCUGGUUUUCUAAUCCGAAGUGCGAACAGAUUAUUAAAGAGGUUUGGGAAAAUGGGAGUUGUUAUAGGUGGGCUGGUGUAAGGAUCAUGCAAAAGCUAAGGGAAGUUAAGGAGAAGGUUAAGAUAUGGAACUCCUCUGAUUUCUGCAAUAUUGUGACAAAGAUGGAUGAUCUAAAGAAAAAGUUACAUCAAUUUGGCUUGCUAGCGGAGCAAAGGUGUUUGAAUGGUGGGGAAAUGGUGCUCACAAACAGAUUCAAAAAGGUUGUUCCCAGCCUUGUGGGUGAAACCCAAGCUGCAUUUCUGGGGGAAAGACAAAUCCUGGAUGGAAUCCUCAUUGCAAACGAAGUGAUAGAUAGCUGGAAGAAGAGUGGAAGUUUGGUUGUGGCAGAAGAUGGAUUUCUUGGAUAA